AUGACAAGCAUUGAUGCUCUAGUAAGCCUCCUGGUCCGCCCAAAUGCCGUAUGUUUGCUAAUUGUAGGCGUCUUCCUGCUUCUUCGGUCGUUGAAGCUGGCAUCUGGCUGCGGUGCUCUGUAUGCGCUGCUGCGAGUGCUCUACCGAGCCGAUUUCAACUAUAGAUGUGGUGGUACUUCCAAAUGGAGAAGCUUACAUGAUUACAAGGUUUGUAAGGUCGUAAUUACUGGCGGAAGCAGCGGUCUGGGCCGGUCUCUGGUGGAAGAGAUUCUGAGAGCAUUUCCCGAAGCAAUCAUCUUCAAUGUUGACAUUAAAGCAUCUCCUCAUCCCAAUGAUAGACUGAUAGACUUUAAAUGCGAUUUGAGGAGUACGGAAAUGUUGGAGCAAACGUUGAAGCUCAUCAAGCAGAGCGGCGGGAAUGAUAUUCGUCUUAUCGUCAACAACGCAGGCAUACGAUCGCGCUACGAGGGCCUGAAGAAUGUCAGGGGCCAAGAUCUUCAGGAUGUAUUUGCAGUCAACUCCAGGGCACCGUUGAGGGUCAUUCAGGAGCUCACGCCAGAAGAGGGCGGCGAGGAACAGUGCUUCAUAGUGAAUGUGUCCAGCUCUCUGGGAAUCCUCUCUGCGGCCAAAGCUGGAGCGUAUGCUGCGAGCAAAGCAGCACUCAUUGCGUUCCAUAAGUCGUACGCUUUUGAGCUGGAGAGCAAGCACGUCUCGAAUAUCAGGACAUUGCUGGUCGUCCCGGGACAGCUGGACACUGACAUGUUCAGCGGAUUCGACCCGCCACGCCAGUUCUUUGCCCCAGUACUGAACAAAGAAACACUAGCCGCAAAGAUCCUGCAACAUGUUGAAAAUGGCAUCAGAGGCGACCUGACAUCCCCAUUGUACGCUAAGUUUGCGUACCUGCUCAUGGCAAUGCCCUACAGCGUGCAGGCCGUUGCCCGCAGGCUCUCCAGGAUGGACGAAUGUCUCCCCGACGACGAUUGA